AUGUCUGGUUUGGAGACUGGACACUCACUGAGAAAUGAGCCUCUGGAUGAUUUUAAAGAGAAUACUGGCUUUGAGCUAGAUGAAGGGAGAUUCUCGCAUUCUCAUACAAAUGUAGAGGUGUCUACCUCAGUGCCGCCAUUUCUUGGCAGUCAGCCUGUGGUAGAAGCAAGAAACAAGGUGCAACAUAGUAAAGCUUCUUCAGAUCAUGAUAAUGCUGAUUCUGAUAUGCUAAUGCAUGUUGAUGAUGAGAAACUUCCAGCAAAUACAUCUUUAGAAAAGUCUGUUUUGCCACCUUGUACUCUUAGCUCACAUGAUAUGCGUAGAAGCGGUUCUAAUGAUCUUGUAAGUAAUUCAGAUAAUGUGAUUCUUAAGGGCCAUUUGAAUGAUGGUUGUGUUUUUGAUGUUUCUCAAGGCGAUCCUCACUUCGAUAAAGAAAAUGAGCUAGAGCUGGAUUAUGAUUCUCAGUAUGAAGAUGGGGAACUCAGGGAUUCAAACAUAUUUACUUGGGAAGAAUAUGAUGGUGAGGAUGGAGAGACUGAACGUCUGGACUAUGGUUCAAACGACAGUGACUAUAAUAAUUGGGGUUCUGAAAAAGCACAAGCAAGUAAUGUUCAAUUUUCUCCAGGACGCUCCUCAAGNAACAUAUUUACUUGGGAAGAAUAUGAUGGUGAGGAUGGAGAGACUGAAUGUCUGGACUAUGGUUCAAACGACAGUGACUAUAAUAAUUUGGGUUCUGAAAAAGCACAAGCAAGUAAUGUUCAAUUUUCUCCAGGACGCUCCUCAAGGAAGACUAGCAGACCAGACUUGAGAGUGCAGAUGCCAGAGAAAGUUGACAGCAAUAACAAAGAAUCUGGUUCAGGAACUAAAGGUGGGAUUAGACAUAAUGAGAAUAAUGAUAGACGAGACAAAUUAAAGGAAUCAAGUGAAACAGCUGAAUUGAAAGUGAAAAUGUCUGGAGGGGAUCCAAUGCCUGAAAGCCGUAAAUGCUCUAGAGAUGCAAAGAUCUGGCUAAGAGGUGAAAGCAACCUGAAGUCAUCUUCAGCUCGUAAUCCAAAAAGUGGAUUGAGAGCUGAAGAUAGAGAAACAACAGCGGAUGGGUCAAGAGCUCACAGGAGGUAUUUGUCAUCCUUUGUUGAAAGAACUGCAUCCUGCAGUGUACUUAGGAGGGGAAGAUUACCUAUGCAGGGAAGCUGUCCCAAAGACGCCGAAUAUUCAAAUCCUCGGUCUGAGAGGGAGUGUUGCACUCCUAAUCCCUUUUUAAGGGGCAGAUACUCUAUGCAAAGUCACGCCAGGGGUCGGGGAGGUUAUAGGUGGGCUGACUCUUUAGAGGGUUAUAGGGGUUCAAAAUACCAUCAUUCUCCUACUUAUCGUGGCGCUACUGGUUUUCAUCGCUCCAGGCCAGAAGAUAUUGCAUUUGAUGGUACCAAUACAAAAGAGAGAGGUGCAUCGCAUAAUUUUCAUCGACCUCUCAGAAGUCGAUUGCCAGCUGAUCGGGAAGAGGCUUUUCGUAUGCGUCUGGGCUUUAGACCAACUCGAGAGAGGAGUCCCGAUAGGUGUUUGACUCCUGGGCGGGGAAUGUCCGUAAAGUAUGGUGCACAAAUGGAUGGAGCCCCUAGAAGAAGAUUCUAUGGUAGUGCAAAUGAUUGCAUUGAAACUUCCUUGUAUUAUUCACAUUCUUCUUUGGGUAGGAGACGAAGAAGCUUUUCUCCUUUUGGAAAAAAAGAAAUUUUUCAUGCACGGAGAUCCAACUCCAAAUCUCCCUCAAGAUCCAGAACUCGCUCUCCCAUUUCCUUGAAAUCUCCAGGAGGAAGAAGUGGAGAUGGUUUUGCUGGUAGUCUUGGUUUUAAAAACCGAAGUAGAUCUAAUUGCAGAGCUGAUGCACGAAUGCCAAGGGUGAGGUCGCCUCAUCAUAAAUCUGGUUUUGUGACAGAUCAUGUUGCAAGUUUUGUCUCAUUGCCAAGAAACCAUGGUUCUCCACCUCCUAAUUCCAGAUGGAGUGGUUACAAGCGUCGUUCUUCAGUUUUAGACAGGAGGUCACCUGGAAGAAUUGGUCCACGGGACAACCGGUUUGAUUUGUUGGAUCCAUUGCUAAAACCAAAGUCAAACGAGUAUUCUAAAUCUGUGUAUCCGAGAAGAUUUUCUGAAUUUAAUGGACUUGGAAGAGGUAGACCUCAGUAUGAGCACGAGGGGAAUGAUGAUGAUAAACAUGAGUAUAGGUAUGGGUUCAUUCAUCCUGCAAGGCGUCAUGACAUGGACCGAUCUGUGAAGCAGUUCUGUGAUGAUGAUGAAGAUGGUUGUAAUAUGGCACACGUCUCUUGUAAUAUGGAUGCUACAGAUUUCCAGAUGAGAGAAAGUGAUAAGGCUGACAGUAUGAGAAGUGAGAGUCGGAUGUGUGAUCUUCCAAAGCGGUCUAGAGAAGAGAGAGGCCCCGCCAUCAUUGACUGUGGAGAUGGGAGAUAUAAUGCUAACUCAAAGACAUUCGGAACCCAGGAAGGUGAUGAAGAUGAAGCCAGUAGGAGAGGGCCUUCCUGA